GACAAGAUGUUUCGCACCCCCAAGUGCUCACGGUGCCGGAACCAUGGCUAUCUGGUGCCAGUCAAGGGCCACGCGGGCAAGUGUCGCUGGAAGCAGUGCAUCUGCGAUAAGUGCUACCUGAUCACCGAGCGCCAGAAGAUCAUGGCUGCCCACAAGGUGCUCAAGACCCAGGCUGCCGAGGAGCAGGAGGUGACCACGGGCACCCAGGGGCCCCAGCUGCCUCCCGGGGCUCCCGUGGCAGCGGCAACAACGGCCGCCUCCUCGAGCUCGAGCAUUUGCCCACUGCCCAGGGUAGCUCCGGGAGGCUCCCGGCCAGGCCCCGUGGUCACCUGCUUCCUCGAGAGGCCCCCGCCGGCCCGCAGCCCGGGUCUGAGCGCCUUCCAGCGGGUCCCAGGCGGCCGCCCGGGCCCCAGCACCUUCCAGUCUGGCCUGGGGAUCCCCGGGGGACCGCGCGAACGUCCCUCGGCGUGGCUGCCACAGGGCAGCCCGCAGGUGCCCAGGCCCGAGCCCUGCGGCUCCGAGCAGCGCCUGCCAGUGCGGCCCGUGCCCCGACUGCCGUUCACCGACUACGGGCAUCCUCUGAGAUUCAGCUCUGAUCACAUGGUGGGAACCGGGUACCCUGAGAGAGAGCCUUUCAACCAGUGCCCUGCCUGUGUCCCCAUGCCACCCUACCAGCCCUUCCCACUGGAUGGCCAGGAUGCAUCCUCAGCCGUGGGGAUCCCGCAGCAUAGAAGCUUCCGUCAUGUCUCCUGUAGCCCCUACCAUGGAGGCAGCUUGGUGUCAGAACCAGCCCGAGACCUCCAGCCAACCUACUGCUCACCGCCGCCACCGCCGCUCCCACCUCCACCAUCGCAGCCACAGCAGCCCCCGUUCCUCCCUCGUAACUACCUCUCUGGUCUCCACUUCCUGCCGCCACCACCGCCGCCGCCUUCUCCACCGUCCUUCUCACUGACCAUCCUGUACGACACAGAUGCGGAGAAUGGCAAUGACCAGGAUGCAGAGGUGCCCAGCCAGUCCAGCCAGCACUCCUCCCAGGAGCACUCUCCCUAG